AUGCAUUCUGUUUGUACGAAUCAUUGUGAUUGGUCACUUUGUUUUCAACAUAUAGAUGAACAUCGAAUAUUACUUGAAACUGAAUUUGAACAAGUACUUGAUGAUUUAAUUAAACCAACGAAUGAAUUUUCAAAAAUAAUUGAACAAACAAAACAAAAUAUCAAGAAAAAUCAACAGGAAGAACUUGAUCAUCUUCGACAAUUUCAUCAAAAUCAAAUGGAAAUAUUUCAUCCACAAUUAAUUCAAAUUCAACAAUUUCAAAAACAAUAUAAUGAAAUAUCAGAAAAUCUUAUUAAAAUAAAAAAUAAUGAAAAUCUCUUAAUACACAAUGAUUUUCAACAAAUUAAUAAUUUAUUACAAAAAAUAAAUCAAUUUAAAAAUUCUCUAACAGAUAUUCAAGAAACAGAAAAAGAAAUCAAACCAACUUAUUGUCCUUUAACAAGUUUAAAUAUUUUUGGUUUAUGUGCAUCACAUAAUGUACGUUUAUGUGGAUCUCAAAAACAAAUUCGACAUUUAUUCGAACAUUUUCGUAAUUAUCAUCAUCUUACACCUCAUUAUGCAAAUGAAUUAGUUAAUGCAUUAGCAGAAAAUUUAGAUCCAGUUCUAACAAAAAUCUUUCCUUCUAAUUCAAAGAUUAUAGAUCCAAAUGAUAAAAUAGCAUGUCCAUUUCAUAAUACAAGUUCAGAAAGUGGAAUUCGUCGUACACCAUGUACAAAUAUGAUUACAAAAAGAUUUUUAUCAAUACAUUUAAAAAGUGUUCAUCAUCUUCGAGUAAAACAAAUCAAAGAAAUUAUGAAAGAAACCUAA